CCCCAACCCUGAAGUCCUUGGAUGCGGGCACCUUCAGAUUCUUCAUAGCAGGUCUCCUCGCUGCUAGUAUCCGCCAUGUCUCGUCUGUUACGAACCGCCCUUCGCCUUCCCCGGGCUUCAUUCCCUCCGGCCUCCGUUCUCAGCCGCCGUGUCUAUUCAUCCUCUGUUGUUCGUCGCUCAGCAGCCAAUGCUACCCCUCCCGCCAACAAUGUGGCAUCCACAUCAAGUGAUGCUGCUCCAGCAGCUAGCAGUAUUGCCUCGGCAGCCAGCAAUGCGACCGCCGAACCCAGUGUAUCACAUGAAGUAGCAAGUGGAAGCAAUGAGCCUGUAUCAUCGCCGUCAAACCAAUCCUCAACUUUGGAAGCAGGUGAACAGCACGAGGGAAAGACCCAGGAGACAAGCGCCGGGACUGUAGAAUACCAGGAUAACAAAUACACAAUCACACGCAAAGACGGGGGUCUAAUCAUCCAAGAAGGCCGCAAAAAGCCUAUCGAGAUCCUAGACAUCAUCCUUCGCGACUCCUGCAAAUGCUCUACCUGUGUGGACCCUCACUCCAAGCAACGCAACUUCCGCACGAGCGACAUAUCCUCCGACAUUAUCUCCGAGAACCCAACCAUCGAGCACGGAAAGCUGCUCGUAACAUGGAAGAACGACCUCCGCGGCGCUCCCGCCGAAUCAACACACGAGUCCACAUACGACCUCCACCAGCUCCGACACCCCAUCCUCACCCCCGUGGAAAUGGAAUCUGCGGGCAAAAACCGCUGGCGAGCCUACUGGGACAACAGCCGCAUGCAACACUGGCAGCACUGGAUCACCUUCGACCAAUUCAUCAACAACGACAUCUCCUUCGCCUGGUCCAUGCGCACCCUGGCCGAACUCGGCCUCAUCUUCAUCAAAGACAUCCCAGACUCACGCGAAAUGGUCGAGAAGAUCGCCACCCGCAUGGGUCCCAUCCGCGAUACCUUCUACGGCCGCACCUGGGACGUGCGCAGCGUCCCCCAAGCCACCAACGUCGCCUACACAAACCAGUUCCUCGGCUUCCACAUGGACCUGAUGUACAUGAACGACCCGCCCGGCUACCAACUCCUCCACUGCCUCAAGAACUCCUGCGAGGGCGGCGAAUCCCUCUUCGUCGACACCUUCCGCGUCGCAUACGACAUGAAACAAGACGACCACACAAACUACUCCCGCCUCCUUCAUCACCACAUCCCCUACCACUACAACCACCCGGAUCACUUCUACACGAACACUUGGCCCGUCUUCGAAACACAGACCUUCGACGACAGCGUCCGCGAAGGAACUAACUUCUCCAAAUCACGUCUCGUCCACGUAAAUUACUCCCCGCCUUUCCAGGCCCCCAGGAAGGUCCGGUCUCCUGUGCCCCGCAAGUUCCGCGAGAAGAAUGAGGCUCUUGCUAAGUUCGCCUCUCUGCUUGAGGACGAACGGUAUAUGUUCGAGCUGAAGCUGAACCCCGGUGAAUGUGUUGUCUUUGAGAAUCGCCGUGUGGCGCAUGCGCGUCGUGGAUUCAAGACUAAUACGGGUGAGAGGUGGCUCGCUGGUGCGUAUGUCGAUGAGGAUGCGAUGUUGUCGGAGUUUAAGACUUCGUCGAAUAAGUAUCCUAACCUGUGGAGGUUGAAGCGUAAGGGUCUGAAUAGUAAACAUGUUAAGUUGUUGAAGGGGGUAGGUAAGCCGGAUGAAUUGCCUUAGUUUUUAUACUAGUGGUUGCGCUUGGGGGUAUUAGAGUAAGAGAGAGUGUGUGUUGGGGGGAGCAGAUAUCCAUUUGCUAUUUAUACGAAGAGGAAGAUGUAUCAUAUGUGCAUACAGCUGUGACCUAAGGGUCUGAUACAUGAAUACUAUACAUAUUUA